UGUAACCAAAGUUUUACUUUUAAGCACGCAUUCAAUUGUCAUAUAAUGCGACACACCGUGUAAACAAGGUUUCACUCGUAAGGGGGCAUUGGAUGUUCACAUGAGACGACAUACUGGAGAGAAACCUUACUCAUGCAAGGAAUGUAGUCGAAAUUUUUCUACUACGAGCUCGCUUAAUCGUCAUAUGGCUAAACAUACUGGUAAGAAACUCCACUCAUGCACUGAAUGUGAUCGAAGUUUUCCUCGUAAAGAUUCACUCGAUAUUCAUAUGAGGCAGCAUAAGAGCACUGACUGUAAUAAAACUUUCUUGGUUAAGAGCAAACGCGAACAACAUAUGAGGGAACAUUUUAUUUCAAAGCCGUACGCUUGUACUCAAUGUAACCAAAGUUUUACUGUUAAGCACGCAUUCAAUUGUCAUAUGAGACGACAUACCGGUGAAAAAUCUCAUAAAACUAAUAAAGAACUUAAACAGCAUAUCGGAAUUCAUGCAUGUGAAAACACGCAAAAAAAGAUGGCCCAGAAACAUAAAUUCAAGUGCAAGGAGUGCACUGCCAUGUAUGCGACAGAGGAAGAACUUAAAAAUCAUUUUGAUGUUGGUUUUCAUAUAGAUGAAUAUCCCAGCAGCAGCCUUAGAGAAGCAAUCACGGAGAAAAUAUUAUCAGAAAAUGAAGUGCCUAAUUCAAUAGAAAAUAAAAGUAUAAAGAUGGAGUCGAAUAUUACAGGUGAUCAAACAUCAAUUGAAGAUGAAGUUGUUGUUGAGCAAUUUAUAAAAAAUGAAGUACCUGAAAUAAGUACAGAGGAAUUGUUAUUAGAAAACGAAGUAUAUACUAUUACAAUGUUAGAAAAUGAGAGUAUAAGAAUGAGGCCUGACCAAAUUCCGUUUAAAGAUUGCGUUACAAAACAACAACGUAUAACAGAAGAAGCAAUUGAAACAAGUACAAACCAAUUAUUAUUAGAACAUGAAGAAACCUCUAGACUUGAAAAAAUUAAUCUAAAAAUCGAACCAAAUUUUACUGUUCGUGAACCUAAACUUGAUGAUAUUACAGAUGAACAAGAAUUUAUAAAAAAUGAAGUACAGUAUGACCUCGAUUAAUGCAAGCCUCGAAUAUCGCAACUCCUCGGUUAUUGAACCUCUUGAAUUUUUCCUGUAUUACCUUUGUUAUUGCAACUUUGAAAAUUGACAACCGUGAAGAAUGCAACUUUUUCUAAUUAUUUUCCUCUUUUGCAUUCUUAAUAUUUUAUUUGUGUAUUUAUUUGCUCUCCUAUACUCAACCAUAAGAAUUUGCGAACACAUUCUCGGUGCAUAAGAAUAUUAUGAAAUCAUGAAAUUAUUUCAGAUGUUAUAUCUCAACAAGAAAUGAAUGAGUGGGUUAACGAAUUUUGUAUGAAAAUUAUAUCUCUGGCUGAAUAACUUAACAUCGAUUCACACUCGGAAACUGAGGUCAUGUAAUUACACUUAAAAUCAAAAAUGGCGUGGCAAUAAAUGCACUUAACAUAUGCAUACAAUGGGCUGAGGAAAAUUCCUUACCUCUUACAAAAGUUAUUAUACUUAAAGGUCUAAAACAUAAGGUAGUUAUAAUGAAUAUUAAUUGCAAUAAAAAGCAAACUGAAAUAACAAGAUAUUAAUGAAUUAAAAUCGAUUAUUGCAAGAACCUCGAUUAUUGCAACACCCACGAAGUCAUACUGUACUUGAAACAAGAAAAGAGCAAUUGUCAUUAGAAAACGAAAUUUUUACUAAUUUCAUUACCGAAAAUGAAAGUGUUAAAAUAAAUGCGGCAGCAACUAUUCAUUAAGUUUAUUUAAAAUCUGAAAUCUGAAACCGUAUUAUAUGUUCAAAUCCUUUACUGACUCUGUAACUGUAGCAACUGUGAUUACACAUCAAAUUUAUUUAGGUAAACUUAUGAGUAUUGUAAAUGUAGAACCUGUAGAUUGUAUAAAAUUAUGAAUGAGAUCCAAUAUUCAAAAAACGCAAGUGGAAAUAUUUGGAAAAUAUUUGAAUAACCAGAAGCAACUUAAUAUAUGUUAUCUACAUGUGCUGUCUUAUGUUUAAUAAUUAAUCUUGAUUUUUAAUUUAUUGUGAUUUCUACUUCGGUUACUUUUUCUGUAAAGUAGAGAAUAAAUUAUUGCAAAUUUCAACUUGUAAACAAAUUGUUCUAUAACUUGUUCGAGAUGACUCGAACUAGUAAUGGGAAUUUCAUUUAUUUAUUGAUAUAGGAUAGAUAUGUUAAGAUAUACAUAAGUCAUAAAAUAAAAUUGUGAGUUUAUAAAUUUGAUAAAAAUAAAUAGUAACUAAAAAUAGUAACUAUUUCUUUAGUUAUAUAAUCAAAACAAUUUUUUAAUAAAUAUAUAUCACACCUAGAAGAAGUAAACUUCGUCCUAGAAGUG